AUGCCGUUGGGCCUCAAGAAUGGUGGUGCUACCUACAUGAGAGCUAUGACGACCAUUUUUCACGACAUGAUUCAUAAGGAGAUUGAAGUGUAUGUGGAGGACUUCAUAAUUUACUCCCGCGAGAGUUCGGACCACUUGACACAUCUAAGGAAAUUCUUUGAUCAUUUGCGUGGCUACGACUUGAAGUUAAAUCCCGCCAAAUGCGCUUUUGGAGUUCCAGCCGGAAAGUUAUUGGGAUUUAUAGUCAGUAAAAGGGGUAUUGAGCUCCACCCUUCUAAGAUUAAAGCAAUUCAAGAGAUACCUCCACCGAACACGAUAAAAGAGUUGUUGAAGAAAGAUGCCCCAAUAAAGUGGACUGAAGAGUGUCAGACUGCUUUUGAUGCUAUCAAGAACAAUUUUUCUAAUCCACCGGUAUUGGUUCCUCCGCGAGAAGGGAGUCCUUUGUUGCUAUACUUAUCUGUCUCAGAUAGCGUAUUCGGAUGCAUGGAUCAACCGAAGUAUAUCUUCAAGAAGGCGAUGCCGACCCAAAAGUUAGCUAAGUGGGAAAUGUUGUUGAGUGAAUUUGACAUUGUGUAUGUGACUCAGAAAGCGAUAAUGGCACAGGAUUUGGCUGAUCGUCUUGUAGAAAAUCCCGUUAAUGAAGAAUUCUACGUCCAACCAAAAAAAGUGGAUACGGCGCAUCGCACUCAAUUUCGGAGAAAUCCUGUACAGGAGGACUCCAAACUUAGUCUUCUAAGAUGCGUGGAUGCACUUGAAGCUGUGAAGCUUAUUGAACAGAUACAUGCUGGAGUUUGUGCCACGCAUAUGAAUGGGCUCACUUUGGCAAGAAAGAUUGUUCGAGCCGGAUAUUUCUUGAUGACUAUGGAGAAUGAUUGUUGCAAGUUCAGAAUACAAGAGUCGAUCAUUACUGAUAAUGGUACAAAUCUUAACAGUCACUUUAUGAGAGAUAUAUAUGAGCAAUUCAAGAUUACUCACAAGAAUUCAACCGCUUAUUGUACCCAAAUUAAUGGAGUUGUGGAGGCCGCCAAUAAGAAUAUCACGAAGAUUCUGAGGAAGAUGAUUGACAAUCACCGAGAAGCAGUCAUACCUGCUGAAGUCGAAAUACCAUCUUUGAGAAUCAUCCAAGAAGUUGAGCUAAGUAAUUCUGAAUGGGUCAGUAAGAGGAUUGAUCAACUAACUUUGAUUGAUGAGAAGAGAAUGGUUGUCAUCUGUCAUGGUCAGUUGUAUAGACAGAGAAUGAUUCGUGCCUUUCACAAGAGAGUGAAAGCUAGAAUUUUCGAAGUUGGUCAGUUGGUUCUUAAGCGCAUUUUUCCUCAUCAAGAUGAGUACAAAGGAAAGUUCGCAUCAAUCUGGCAAGGUCCUUACAUGGUUCGUAAAGUAUUAUCUAGAGGUGCUUUGGUCCUGUCGGAGAUGGAUGGCACCGCAUAG